AUGGCGUGGCCCUCCUCAGCCUGGGGCUCCUCGUGGAGUGGCUGGGAUUGGAGCAGAUAUGGGCAAGCUGCCGCGACGUGGGGUGGCAGUGGUGGGGGGAGUGGAAGUCCGGCGCCCGCACCGCCAGCUACAAGUGGUGGCAAAGGUGGCCACAGUGGUACGGCAGCCACACCGGCUGCCACGGCUCCCAGCGGCAGUGGUGGCCGCACUGGAGGUCCGGCGGCAGUGCCACUUCCUGCGGAAUGGGAGCAGGUCAUCGAUGCUGCCAGUGGCCGGGCCUACUACUGGAACUCCUCCACGGGGCAUACGAGCUGGGUACCCCCGCAGGGCACAGCCGCAGCCGCGGCCCCGGCAAAGAAAAAAAAGCGCGGCAAAGACGAGAACCGCCGCAAGAAGGGGAACAUGAGUUCCGUCGCGCGCGAGCGCGUGACGAAGAAGUUCGUGGACAAGCUUGCGGCGAAAGAUGUCGCCAUAGGUAAUCUGCAGGCACUCCAGGCUUCGGCCGUCGUAAUGGGGACUCUUCGCGAACAGGAACGCGACACAGCACAGGCCGAACUGGCCGAAGUGAAGAAGCAGCUUGCUUCCGCAGAGACGAAGAUGGCAAAGGAUGCCAUGGAACUCCAGAUGCUGCGAAGGGUGGGCGACAUCCAGAUGGCGAGGCUCGACGUGCUCGAAGAUGCCGAGAAGCAGCAGCGCAUGGUGCAUCUCGCCCUGGAGGAGCAGGCUGACAACAAGAAGGCGAACCAGGCUUUGGAGAGCCAGCUCGGGCUGGAGAAGGCGUCGGUGGAGAAGCUCCAGGAGCAACUCGCAGCGGAAAGAGUGCAGAAGGCCUUAGCGAAGGUCGACAGCGAGCGUCAGAUGUGGAAGACAAUGGAGGACAACCAAAAGGAUCUGCACAUCAAGCUGGACGUUGCUAUCCAGGAUUCGGUGGAUUUGAAGGUCCAGAACCAGGCUCUGAGCACCCAGCUGAAGGAUGCCACGGCGGAGCUGGCACUCCUGAAAGAGGAGUUGGCGAUCGGCUGUGCGCCGACUUCACCGGCGCGGGCACAUGAUCAGGAAGACUCUCCGCCCAUGGUCCCCACAGAGCUGGCCUCUCCUGAGCAGUCGGCGUCGCUCCCUGGCAGAACGCAUGAGCUCCACUUCUAG